CCCGCCCCCCCUCCCCUCCGGCGCGGCUCGUGUGACCGGAGCGGCGGGAGUCAGUCAGCGCCCGCGGAGGGAGGCCCCGAGCCCGCCACCGCCACAGCCGGCUGCGGAGGGAGGGUGAGGGGGGGGGGAGGCGGCGGCCUCCUCCUCGGUCGCCGGCACCAUGAGCAUCGAGAUCCCGCCGGGCCUCACCGAGCUGCUGCAGGGCUACACGGUGGAGGUGCUGCGGCACCGGCCGUCCGACCUGCUGGGCUUCGCCGCCGACUACUUCGCCCGCCUGCGGGAUGCCCGCGACCAGGAGGCGGCCGGCGGCGGCCGCAGGGUGGUCAGCUUCGACGGGGAGCCCAUGCAGACCGAGUCCAACGGCGAAGAGGAGCCCGACCGCGGCGACGAGGACUCCGACUCCGACUUCGAGCCUCCAGUUGUUAACCGAUACAACAGGAGAGUAUCAGUUUGUGCUGAAGCUUUCAAUCCAGAUGAAGAGGAAGAAGAUACAGAACAAAGGGUAGUUCAUCCAAAAACUGAUGAACAGCGAUGCAGACUGCAGGAAGCAUGUAAAGAUAUCCUACUCUUCAAAAACCUAGAUCAGGAGCAGCUGUCUCAGGUCCUUGAUGCCAUGUUUGAGAGGAAGGUGAAACCUCAGGAACAUGUGAUUGACCAAGGUGAUGAUGGAGACAACUUCUAUGUCAUUGAGCGGGGACUGUAUGAUAUUAUUGUAGCAAAAGACAACCAGUCACGCUGUGUGGGCCGCUAUGAUAAUCAUGGCAGUUUUGGGGAACUGGCAUUGAUGUACAACACUCCUAGAGCUGCCACCAUUGUUGCCACAACAGAAGGAGCCCUUUGGGGACUGGAUCGAGUGACAUUCAGAAGAAUUAUAUUGAAAAACAAUGCAAAGAAGAGGAAGACAUAUGAAUUAUUUAUUGAGUCUGUGCCCCUUCUUAAAUCCUUGGAGGCAUCAGAGCGAAUGAAGAUAGUGGAUGUUAUAGGGGAGAAAGUGUAUCAAAAUGGGGAACGUAUCAUUUCUCAGGGUGAUAAAGCAGAUUGUUUUUACAUUGUAGAAUCUGGUGAAGUAAAAAUCUUGAUUAAAAGCAAGACUAUGACGAGUAAAGAAGCUAACCAAGAAGUGGAGAUUGCCCGGUGUCACAGAGGGCAGUAUUUUGGAGAGCUUGCACUUGUUACCAACAAACCCAGAGCAGCCUCUGCCUAUGCUGUUGGGGAGGUCAAAUGUUUAGUCAUGGAUGUGCAAGCAUUUGAGAGGUUGCUUGGACCCUGCAUGGACAUUAUGAAGAGGAAUAUAACACAUUAUGAGGAGCAGCUGGUGGCAAUGUUUGGCUCUAGCAUGGACCUGUUGGAUCCAGGGAAUUAGGUACAGGGUACCUCAAUGCCUUCUUAGUUCAAGACACAGAAAAGCCUCCUAUCAGCAACACAACUCACAAGGAAAAUGGACACUAUGGAACAGUUACUGCUGCUGUCUUCUUGGGCAUUUUAGAAACCAUAAACAAGUCUCAGCACAGAGGGAUUGCUCACUCCCUGCCUCCACUUUGCUGCUGAUACUUCAUUAUUAGACCUAAAUUAAAGAUGAUUCUAACCCUAUGUUCACUUACUUGGUUCAGAAUGGCAUCCGUCCAACAGUUCAAGUGCCUGAUAUAAAACCCAAAGUGUGCAAGAUGUAGAAGCCUCCUUCCUUCUGGUGUUACUGUUGGGAUAAAUUUUCAGAUCAGAUUCUGUAAUGGGAGGCUGCCUGUUCUGCAGAGGCAACCUGUGGAAUAUGAGCUUUUUAUACAGGCUUAUUACUUUCAUCUGAAGCUUUCCUUACACAAUGUCAAAUUUGCUUUUAAUUGUAGCAUCUGGGUUUGAAGUUAAAAUAUCAAUGGAGCCAAUUAAUAAGGUGGCACUGAAGUUUUCUUCCACCUGCUGAAAGCUCUUUAAACCAAGUAAACCGAGCUGGGGACAUGGGAGAGUCUGCUUAGCAACAAAAUGCAGAAAAUGAAGCAUUACUGUAUUUUAAGUGUUUUCUGAGCAGCAAAGAAAAUUGUUUCACUCUAUGCUGCCCAAAAAAGUGCAGUGGUUCAGACCAAAUGGCCUGAAGGUGUCAUAAUUGUCAUCUCCCCAAAUUUGCUCCUUGUUCCUGACACUGAGUACAUUUUAUUGUGGUGAGAUCACAAUAUAUGACCUUCUCUUGCUUACAGAGAUCCUUUAUACUGCUAGAUUUCCCAGGGCGCUGUUGUUGACUGGGUCAGUUUUAAAGCUUUUUAAGGAGGUGAAUGUUUUGUAAUUUAAAUGAAGACUACUUCUGUACUUGUUUACAGGAGCUCCCCCCCCAGUCCUAACAUUUCACAGUAUUCUAACUUCAUUAGACACUUGGAUGCUUCCAAAUACUAUGUUGAUUUGCUAAACUUUUCAAAAGUUGGCAACAUUUGACUUUGUAAAGCAAAUGUCUUUGCUAACUACGCAGUUGGUGUGUUUGAGGAGUCUGGUUUAAGUGAUAACUAAGCUAAUUAUGUUUAUCUAAAAUACCUGUUAAAUUUGCAGCAUUUAUUAGGUAGAUUCUAUUUCUAUAGCUUUAAUGACCUUAAUUGGCAUACUGCUGAGAUUUUAUCGGACUAUUAUCUAAAUAAGAAUCAGACCAUAAGAAGGACAUUUUUAUGGUGUACGAACAGAAUAUUUAUAUUAAGACAUUGAAUUUGUAGGUAAUAAAUCUAGUGACCCUUUGAAUUUGCAUUCUUCUGCAGCUCAUACAAAACUUACUGGUGUUUUAUGGGGUUAUAAAAUUUUAAUUGUGGAUGUUAGUAUAACAGAACCUGCUCUUUUUAUUCAUGGCCACAUGAGCAAGAAUAGAAGGAUACUAAUGUUGAAUUCCUGCUUCUAGUUACCACAGUGGACAUUUCUCUAAGGCAUGAGAUGCUUAGCUGCAACUCUUAAGUUGAUUUCUGGACAAUUUUUUUCUGUAAAUGGAUGAGCUCCUCCCAGUUCCUGCAAUAUGAGUAAGAUGCAAACUUGGUAAGUUUGAAUGGCUGUUGUCCAGUUACUGUAAUUGGAGUCAUAUUUUUAUAUAAUGCAAAUGAUUUGUAAUGGACACCACUGAACUAGGUGUUUCCAUAUUAUUAAAGUCCUGGUUGUGAUGUCUAGUGGCUGUUCUAACUGCAUGUGUUUUAGAACAGUGAAUUUCCCUUGCUUUACUGGGCUGGUUUUUUGUUGUAAAUUAUAGCCAAAGAAGCAGCAGGUGCUUCUCAUUCAUGCUUCCAAGGUUUAACACCAAAGACAAAAUAAUUCUUUUGAUUACAGAAUUAAAAACCAAACCAAACAAAAAAACCCCAACAAACAAAAACCAAGAAAAGAUGAAACCUCCCUUACUCAUCAGGUCCCUGCAUUGAUAACAGAUAAAACUUUAAGAUACUUUGGGCUCCAAGACAAGAGUCUUUCUGAAGCCAGCUCGUGACUGUCCUGUGAACCAGAGAUAAACUGGUCUCCAAACCAGUAUGAGUUUCUGUGCUGCCUAAACUGUCAUGUGAACUACAGAGAAACUUGCUGUGAGUAAUCAUCAGCUGGCCUUUGUUGCUCCCAGGCAGAAUAUCCUUUCCUUUAUCCAGAGGAGUCUGGCAGGUUGGGUUGCCUUACAGAUGGAUUCUGGUUCUUACAGCCUUUGGUUCUCUGCAGGACAGGAUUGUAUACCUCAGCAUAUGCAAACAUUGGCAAUUGUUCUGAAGCUUAACCAAAAAACCAGGCAAGUCUACUGUUAGAUUCUUAAGGGAAUUCUGCCUGGAAGGGAGGAUUUGAUGGCUUCUGGAAGUCAAAGGAAAGGUUGAGAACAUAAAAUCAAAAGAUUGGGAUCCCAUGCGAGCAAGAACAAGCUUUUGAAGUUUUACCUUACUCUAGACUCCCUGAAGCAAAUGCAUACUAGGCAAUGCCGUCCUGCAUCUGUGUGACAUCAUUCUGUGGUGUAGAGAAGCAACCUGACCUUGAGCUGAAAGAGAAUGAGCCUGUAGGAAGGCUCAUCCAUUUAAAAGCUACAAUUUGCCAUGUGCCUCAUCUAGUUUGGUCUGGUUUAACCAGCCUAUUCUGUACUAUUUUGGAGCAUGAAGAUAGUGGAGAAGCUUGUAGUAAGAUACUCAACAUUGCCAGGUAUCUGGUUAGAGCACCAGCGAUGAGCAAAGUCAGAAAGCGUGUGAGUAGCGAUAGCGAGACCAGGGAGUGAAGCGAGGUGCCUGUUUGUAAAGAUCUGCCCGUGUCACUGUAUCUCAGCUCAUUCCUUUUCACUAUGACUGUUCAUUGCAAUUGUUGUGGAGAACAAGCCCAGGUUUUUUGUUGUUACUGCUCGGUGUUCAGUAAAUCUGCUGUGGAGUCUCUGAAAUUGGCAGUAGAGAGAGAUCUAGUUUUUAAUAAAAGAACUCAGCAGCAAAGUGGGCAAAGAGGAUAGUGUCUUUGAGACUUAGAGGGGAAAAAAGUUUCUUGUUUGUGAUUCCCUGCUUGUGAUUGUUGUGAAGUCAGUGAGAGGAGCUUUCAGUGGUCAAAUAUCCUGGCAUGUGGUAUUUCUGUUUAAUGUCACAGCACAGGUUUCACAAUGUAAAAGAACAAAAAAGGGCAAAAGUGCUCUCUUUUUUUAGAAACAAAAGUGCAAAACUUAAAACUUUAAAAACAAAGUGCAAUUUUGCACAGAAGGCAAAAAACCGAAACCCCUUUGAAUGUCACUUCCAUUCUUUCUUUUCUGUUGGCUGAAAGCGGACUCUUGUUCUUGACAUGUAUUUGUAAACUAGUCUUGCCAAAAUACAAACGCUUUGUUUUUUUUUUUUAACUCCAGAUAAUUUUUGUUGUUAUUGCUGAUUAUUUUCACUUUUUUCAAGCUGUGUAUUUUAUUUCAAGAGGCCUUCCUUGUGGAUUUCCUCCUGAUGGUCUGCAGCACUACACUGCUAUUUCAAGAUGCAAGAGAAAGUCACUAACCUCAUAGGAGAACACUCAACUCUGCUUAGCUGGCUGGAGCUAAUAAUGCGCUACUAAUUUUCCUCUGCUCUGUGGGGCAUGAGGGGAAUUUAAAUUCUGCAUAAAGUUGCUACCUCAAGGCUCCAAGUGCUUUUAAAGGUCUUUCACUUGGGAGAAUUUAAUAACACAGUUCUUAAAAUUGGUCUGUUCUUUUGAGUUAAAUGUGUUUUUUAAUUGAUUCAUUGAGGGACCCUUAUUUUAAUUCAUUUUAUAUUUAGUACUUGAUUCUCAAAGGAUGAACAGCUGUGAAGUUUGGUUCUUGCACUAUAGUGUUGAACAUGAAAGAAAAAUAUCUGCCAUCUAAAUAUAUGGUUUUAACAAGUUAAACCACUCUGGGGUUCAGCUUCACUUUUGGUUAAUAAAAAACUGACAUGUUGUGUCCAGCCUUCCUGUA